UUAAACGCGUACGGACGUGUAAUAAUUUAGUAUCAACUCCAUUAUAAAUAGACAAAUUGAUAACAAUAUUGUAAUUUAGAAAACUUCAUUAGCGAAAUCUCGUGAUAAUCUUUAUUUUCUUAAAAAAGCGGUGGGAUAAAAGAAUAAUAUUUUGCCGUCCAAUAAUUUUGGCGCGAAGUAUUACUAAUCAUCUAAAAUACAGCAUCAAUAAUGUGAUCAAAAUUAUAGUGAUUUAUCGAACAAAGUGAACUUUGAUAUGUGCUUGAGAUUAAAAAUGUUUUAUUAGAAAAAACAACAUCGCUUCGACAGCAAAUAAAACCAAAGAAACAGUAUAUUAUUAAAUACUUAAUAAAAUUUGAGCUGGCUUCAAAACAAACAUGCCAUCCAUCCCCGAUUCGCCAACAUCCAGCUCCACGUCUGAGGAUAACCCAUCUCCAUCCCCUGGUCCAGAACCAAUAAACAAAUUCAACUGGUUAAAACAUGCUAAAAACGCAAGAAACAACCCAUUCGUGAAAGCUCGUCCAACUUUAAACAGAGAGAGUUCAACAGCGGAAUUAUUCUCACGAGAAAAUUCGAGUUCCGAUUUUUUUCAAAAUUCACGUCUCAAUCUAUUUGACACUGCGCCUAAACCUGAAGUUACGCAAGGAUAUAACAAGGGCGUUUCCUUUAUAGGAUGGCAUCAGAGAACCAAAUUAGAAAGAGUGCUCCUCGUAACAUGUGCCAUCCUUCUCGUCGCGAUACUAUUGACCAUAUCUGUGCUGCUCACUCUACGUGGUCCGUCGUAUAUACCAGUACCACCGUGCUACCAACCUGAAAAUAAAGAAGAAAGCAGCGUGUGUUUGUCUAGUUCUUGUAUUUACACGGCCAGUGAAGUUAUAAGAGCUCUUGACGAAAAUCAGGAUCCAUGUGAGGAUUUCUACGACUUCGCGUGCGGUGGUUGGAUCAGAAACAACCCAAUACCCGAGGGUAAAUCCAGCUGGGGAAUCUUCAGUAAGAUCGAACUUCAGAAUCAACUUAUCAUCAGAUCGGCAAUAGAAAAGAUAAACAUAACUGAUCCAUCAGACGCAGAAGCAAAAGCACGUGUAUAUUAUGACGCUUGUAUAGAUACGAACGAAACGAUAGAGAAAUUAGGAGAGAAGCCGCUGGUGAAUAUUAUUAAAAAAUUAGGUGGAUGGCACAUACUACCAAACACUUUGAUCAAACAGCACAAGUGGGACUUACAGAAGUUGCUUCAAGAUGUGCAGAACACUUACAACUUAGGUGGUCUUUUUAAUUGGGCUGUCACAGAGGAUGACAGGAAUUCAUCAAAACACGUCAUUGUUCUCGAUCAAGGUGGUUUAAAUCUUCCCACGCGCGACAAUUAUCUCAACAGGACGGCACAUAAGAAAGUUCUCGACGCAUACUUAGAUUAUAUGACCAGAAUUUGCGUUCUAUUGGGAGCCAAUAAAACCGAAGCACGUGCGCAAAUGAACAAAGUAAUACUCUUCGAAUCUGAAUUAGCUAAUAUAACAAUUCCCGCAGAAGAUAGAAGAGAUGAAGAAGGAUUAUAUAAUCCGUAUACAGUGAAACAGUGGCAGAAAGAAGCGCCGUUCCUAAAUUGGUCUAUGUUCUUUAACGAUGCGUUCAAACUUGUUAAUAAAAGCAUACCUGAUAACGAAAGAAUAGUCGUAUACGCUCCGGAAUACUUUAAAAAUCUGACAAGAAUUUUGAGAAAAUACAGUAAAACGGAGGAAGAUCAAAAGACGCUCACCAGCUACAUGAUGUGGCAGGUGUCCAGAUCUCUCUCCACCUAUUUGUCCAAGUCCUUCCGAGAUGCCACCAAGAUUCUAAGGAAGGCCCUCUUUGGUUCUGAAGGCACGGAGGAAUCUUGGCGUUAUUGUGUUACUGAUACAAACAAUGCUAUUGGCUUCGCUGUGGGAGCAAUGUUUGUCCGCGAGGUAUUUCACGGUGAAGCGAAGACGCAAGGUGAAAUAAUGAUAGAUAAUAUACGAGCAGCGUUCAAAAAACAUCUCAAAGACCUGGAUUGGAUGGACGCUGAAACAAGAGAGGCAGCUGAAACGAAGGCUGAUGCUAUCACUGACAUGAUAGGGUUUCCUGAUUACAUAUUAAACAAAGAAGAUUUAGAUAAACAGUAUGAAGAGUUGGAAGUCAAACCUAAUGAAUACUUCGCUAAUAACAUUGCUUUCAACGUUUUUAGUCUCAAACAUGACCUCAGCAAACUGGAUCAACCUGUUAAUAAAACCAAAUGGGGAAUGACUCCAUCCACAGUCAACGCAUAUUACACACCGACGAAGAAUCAAAUAGUUUUUCCAGCCGGUAUUCUACAGCUACCGUUCUAUGAUGGCGAUAAUCCGAAAAGUGUCAAUUAUGGAGCUAUGGGAGUCGUUAUGGGACACGAAUUGACACACGCUUUUGACGACCAAGGGCGGGAGUAUGAUAGGUUUGGUAACCUUAAUCGUUGGUGGAACAACGCAACUAUAGGUAAAUUUAAGCACCGAACUGAAUGCAUCCAAGAGCAGUACUCGAAAUACAAGAUGGAAGGACAAAACUUAAAUGGCAAACAAACUCUCGGUGAGAAUAUCGCAGACAAUGGCGGUCUCAAAGCGUCAUUCCACGCCUACCUUGAAUACAGCAAGAACGCUAAAGUCAAUCUUACAUUACCCGGAUUGAAAUACAACCACCGUCAGUUAUUCUUUAUAUCAUUCGCACAGGUGUGGUGUUCAGCUAUGACCAAAGAAUCUACGAAGAUGCAAAUCGAGAAAGAUGAUCACACUAUCGCGAAGUAUAGAGUAAUAGGGCCAAUAUCGAACCUUCCAGACUUUUCGCGCGAGUUCAACUGCUCUGUAGAUUCGAAAAUGAAUCCUAAGUACAAAUGUGAGGUAUGGUAAACCAAAAGCCAUGGUGUAAAUAACGCUUCGGCUACGCUGAUUACGUACAGUGUAAUGCAUACAAAAUUUUAAAAAUUGAAAACAUAGAUUAAACAAAAUUUACAAAUUAUUGCAAAUCAUAAUGGAGAUUGUUUUUUUUUUAAAUCGUCAAUUUCAUAUUAAAACUAUUAAUAAAGUGCCAAAUAAUCUAUGUUUCAAUUAAAUAAAAUUUUAAUAGUGAGUUGCCAGAGCUUAGCUAUGUUAAAACGGGUAUAUUGUAGAUUGUAACGAUGAUUUAUACUUAAGAACAACCAGCGUCUAGUUUUGUCUAUGGUUUUCAAAUUUGUAGAUCUGUAUCAAACGAGAUCUUUGACAGAUAGUUUAACAAUUGCUUGUUCGAAAAAUAAGAUUUAUUUUAAGUAAAAAGGCAAUCUGAAAUGUUACAAUUUAUUGAAUGUUUACACGAUAUCGUGUUUGUUUAUUAAACUUUAUACCGAUUAUUUCUAUGAGAGAUUACUAUUUUUACAAUUUAAAGAUAAACCCUCUUGAGAAUAGCAAGAUGAAUUGACUCUAGUGAUGAUCUUGUCUGUAUUAGAUUUAUUUUAAUGUUAAUUGGAGUUGGAAUAGUUUGUUUUUUUUUUAACAGUUUUUGCAUCUAUUUUUGUUUAUUUAAUGCAAUGCACAAAUUAGAUAAUAAAAUUAUUUAUUAUUUUAUUUGAUAUACAUUACCUUAUACUAAAUAGUAAUCUCAAAUGGAUAUAAUAGUCUUGAAGUAGCUGGUAUCUUUUUUUAAUGGAAAUAUUUUCAUAUUAACAAAUCAUUUAAACGGACCAACUGAACUGAGUAGUAACAAUAAUUUGCCUUCAAACUUCAAUAGCUUAUUGGAUAUAAUAUGUAGAUGUUUUUAUUGUAUUGAUACAGGUUUACGUGAUAAGUGCGAAGUUUAUUUAUUAGUUCGUAACAUUUAUAUUUUUACUAAGUUAUUAUAUCAAAUAAAGUUUAUUUUUAAAUAGUUUUCUUUAUAUGUUCGCCGCACAGCAUUAUAUAUUAUAGUGUUCGUCUGUAUUUAAUCAUUAUAAUUGUAGUUCCUUUUUUUAUUAGAUAAAUAUAAAAGUAGAUAUUGUGUGAUAUCAUUGUGUAUUCAUGUGCUUAAAUUUGUAAUGUGUGCGUCAAUUGAAUUUGACGCUUAGAUGCGUCAAUGUCACGCACAAAAAGCUCUAGAUUAUAAACAACAAAAAAAUAAAAGAAUUUAGAUUUUAUUUAUUUUAUUGUAAAAUAUUUAAAUUAAAUCCAUCCACGUUUUAAAACUAUACAAAAUAAUAAGAGUUAUUGUAUUUGUUUGUUUUAAGAGUAUUAGCGAAACAGUAAAAAACGCUUUUAUUAUUAAAAAUAUAUGUCUUCAUAAUAGUUAUUUUAAAUGUUAACAUACAUGUAUUAUAUUAAUAUGCAUUAUUGUUAAAUAAUAAUAUUGAUUAUAUUAUAAACAAAUACUAAUUUCUGAUAUAUCAACUAAUAUUACAUUAUCUGAAAGGAUUUUAUUGACAGUUAUAUGAUUUGAUUUAAAUGAAGGAAUCUCGUAAUUCGUUUGAGUUGUAAUAUUGAAAUGUUUAUUUUAUGUUGUAUAACAUUAAAAUAGAAUUUAAUUAAAAUGUAAAAAAUAUACCCGACUACAGAAUGGAUAAUAACAAAAGGAAAACCCUUUUUGACAGGUUUUAAAAAUUGGCUACACACGUCAUUUAACAUUUUUUGUGACGUCAUAUAAUCAUUAGCGUUUAAUUGGUGGUAGAGAUUAGAAAUUAAUUAUCAGCCGGUAAAAGUGCACCUUUUAAAUAGUCUUCUGUUUUAGGUAAAAAAGAUCUUAAUAUGUAUAUCGUUGUACUUGUCUACCCUGUAGUUGGGCAAUAUGUCAUAAAAGCUGAUUAUAGAGUUGACAAUAAGAUUCAACUUUCUUCAUCUUUAUACAAAUAUCACAUUCUCACCGUUCUUCCUCUUUCAUAGUUUAUUAAGUAUGUACAAGUAGCAUUAAAGUAAAAAAAAUAUAUAUCAUAUUAAUUACGUCGCGAAAUUAAAGGUUUUUGUUAUUUCUUUCAAUAUGAAAUGCUUAUAAUACAUUGCAUUGUCACGUGAUUCAAAUCUUUUUAUACAAACAUUAUUGAUGUUUAAAAAAAAUUGAAUUAACGUGCCAGGCUUAUUAAGAAUAAUUUUAUUAAUAUUUAUAUCUCGGUUGUCUAUUUAUUAUAACACUUAUAUUUAUUUGUUAGUAUAUUUAAUUUUGUAAAUCAAUAUAUCAGUUCAAUUUUACGCAUACUUAAAUUAUUUAUUAGCCGUGCCUUUACAUAUACCUAUUUUAAAGUCAUAAAACAACCAGCAUUUAGUAGCUAGAACCAUUUGUAUUAGUAGGUGUUGUAUUUAAUGUUCACAAUGAGCCAUUUAAAUGACAAAAAACAAUUUCUAUUCUUUUUUUUUCGGAAUUGACAUGUUGCUGUUAGCCCGAAUGGCUUUGGCCCUUUAUUCUUCUUCAAUCUACUUUUUUUUAUAGUCCUAACUGUCAUUUCAACUCAUAUGUCAGCUGUCAAACUCUUUUAAAGUUAUGUUUGCUUUUAAAUGGCUCUAAUUAAUAUUGAAUAUAUUUAAAAUUAUUAUAUAUAAUAUUAAUUAAUAUGAACAACAGAUUUUAAACAGUAUUAGUGUUACGGUUUUAUAUAAUAGUAGAUGAUAUCAUAAGAUAUUUAUUUGCAGUACUUGCUAUUAAGUAUAACUAGUCAUUAAUCAACAAAAUUAUAAUAUUUAUCGGUGACUGUAAUCAGUGGCGUAGCUAUCAUAGAAUAAGGCGGCACAAUACACCGGGCUAUCCUAAGUUGAUGGCCCCUAGGGGCAUCAUAUCAAAUAAAUAUUAACAAUACCAACUUUCAUACUUAUUCUAACUCAUUAUUCAUAUAUUUUAUAUUACUAGUAAUCUAACAUUUCUGUACUUUGGCGAUAUUUAUACCAAUCAUGUAUUGAUGGCUGACACUGCACAGCGGCCUUUAUCCACCUAGCUGCGCUACUGACCGUAAUAUCAAUGUAAUCUUUAAUUUGUUCUUUAUAUUAAAUUAAAAAACAAAACUACAAUUACUAUGAAUAUAUGUUUGGACACAAUCUAUAAACGAUACUAAUUUGAAAGACAUCCUUAACUCUUCACAUUUAAAAGAUAUAAUUUUCUUUUCCUAAUUAUAAUCACAUGAAGUCGAUCCAGACUGUAUCCUUUACACAAAAUCACAGGAAUACAAAGAAAAAAUAUUUGGCUAUAAAAUAACUCAUAAAGUCAUUCACAACAAGUAUUUAUCACAAACAAGUAAUUAAAUUAUGUAAUUUUUAGUUCUGUCAAAUUCGUUUAUAGAUUGUAUACAAUAGAAUCGACAUUUCAUUAUUUGAACCCAGUUAAGUUAGAAAAGUUAAGUUUUAUAAGAAUUUUUAAACACAAUUAUUUUAGAUGCAUUAAAUUUUUGUUUUAAUUGUGAUUGAUUCAAAUAAAUGGUUAAGAAAUACA